AACACGACCUCAGACCAAGAGGCCUCCCUGUUCUUCCGACUCCCUGCCGAGCUCAGGAACCAAAUCUACGCCGACCUCCUCUGCCCGGACGCUGUGAACCUUCACAGCAUCACGAACCGAGAAAACAACCUCAAUGUGCGACACUACAACCAGACCUCGACCGCGACUUCCCUGCACCCAGCGAUCCUGUCCACGUGUCGCAAGAUCCACGACGAAGCGACAGCCCUGCUCUACGCUCCGCACAUAUUCCACGCGCAUCCGUCCCUGCUGGCUUCACUGCCCCACCUCACAUCCUCUGCGAAACCCGUUCUGUACCCUAGCGUCACAAACCUCAUCUCGCGCUGGCAGAUUUGUCUCCGGCUGGACACGGAUCCGCAGUUCACUGCCGCUCAGGCCGCAGCUGCGUUUUCUGGGGCAGAGUAUCUGGAGGUCAGGGUGUGGCAGGCGCAGUUCGAGGCGUGCGACUACGCCGUUUUGAAGCUAUUCACGGCUGUGCGGGGCGUACAGUUUGCACGUGUGGGAGGCGAUGUAGAUGCCAAGUUGGCGAGGUGGUUGGAGGGACAGAUGAUGUUGCCGAGAGGGGAGGGGGCGUGUCAGAGCGACGAGAUGUGCCCGUGGAAGGGAGUGGGUGAGGUGCUAUGUGGGAGGUGUUAUCAUAAG